CCCGGAGUGGGCAGGUAAGGGGAGCCGCACUCAGGCAGGUACGCCAGCGGCACGGGGAGCGCUCUGGUUACCCGGCUGCUGUUUGUGGAAACCUUGUUUCUAUUACCUCUAUGUAAGUGUGGCAGAAAAAACAGUGAAGUGCAUAUUUCAGAAUCGGGAGCAGAGCGAGAGAAAGGCGGGGGAUUACCUAAAUGGCAGGUUAAAGAAAAGGCAGAGGGGAGAAGAGGGAGAGUAUGGGAGGAAAAAGCGACAGAGAGAGGCUUAAGAUAACAAAGGCGAGCACCUUUUGUUGCAGGGGUUCAGCCGUGGUCGACGGCUUGUGUUUAAAGGAAAGAGUAAAGGAGUUCUCCGGUGGACUACCUUAAACAUUUCCAGGACCGGCGAGAAUUUUCUCCUCCACUGAUCAAACUUGCAUCUGACAAACGGGGAGCCCAGACUUCGAGGAAGGUGAAGAAGGGGGUCAAGGUAUUUGAUGUGAUUGAUCCAAACAGGCAAAGGAGCAGGCAAAGGAGGGGAAAACACAAAAACCCAAGAGGAGCACAGUCUGGGGGAAACAAGUGAUUGAGCCUUCAGGGUGAAUAACAAGUCAUUCACAGGGGUGAAGCUGUCCAACAGAAGAGAAAGAGGGAGAGGGCAGGCUGCAGAAAGCGGGGCUGAGCAGUGCGGGGCAAAAUUAGUCUACAGAGAAACAAGGGCUGACACAGGACUGAACAGAGAUCAAGGCUGACUCAAGUCUUUGCUGCCUCUAACCUGAUUAGGGAGAACAGUAGUAGCAUUGGAGGCGAGCUGGGAGACACGAUCAACUGAGACUAAGAACCAGCCAGAGUGGAAGAAAAGGAGAAAGAAUUACAAGAGGACGCCCGGUGAAAGAAACCUCUUAAAUCUGGGAGCUGGAAUUAUAGCCACAGGAACUGCAUAGGGGAAGCCACAAAACCGCAGUGAAGAUGCCCGCUAAUGGAAAUCGUCCCUUGAAGUUGCAGUUUGGUCUAAUCAAUCACGAGGGUCGCUACCUCACCGCUGAAACCUUUGGUUUCAAGGUCAAUGCGUCGGCUCCCAGCCUCAAGAAGAAGCAGAUCUGGACUCUGGAGCAGGACUCCCAGGACGCCCAGGUGGUGUAUUUGCGCAGCCACUUGGGACGCUACCUGGCCUCGGACAAGGACGGCAAGGUGACCUGUGAGGCCAACGGCCACAACUCGGACUGCCGCUUCCUGAUCGUGGCCCAGUCGGACGGCCGCUGGGCCCUGCAGUCCGAGCAGCACCUGCGCUUCUUCGGCGGCUCCCGGGACUACCUGUCCUGCUUCGCCCAGGCGAUCGCCGACGCCGAGCUGUGGGCCGUGCACCUGGCCCUGCACCCGCAGGCCAACCUGCUGUCCGUGGCCCGCAAGCGCUACGCCCACCUCUCCAUGGAGGACGGCGAGAUCGCCGUGGAUCUGAACAUCCCCUGGGGCGUGGCGGCCCUCCUGACCCUGGUCUACCUGGACGGCAGGUACUGCCUGAAGACCAGCGACGGCCGCUACCUUAGCAACGACGGGAAGCUGCUGGCGCACAGCGGGAGGAGCACGGCCUACACGCUGGAGCUCAAGUGCGGGAAGCUGGCCUUCAAAGAUUGCGAGGGGAAAUAUUUGUCUCCCAUGGGCCCCACGGGGACGCUGAGGUCCGGCCGGUGCUCCAAGCCGGGCAAAGACGAACUGUUUGACCUGGAGGAGAGCCACCCGCAGGUGGUCCUGAUAGCGGCCAACGGCCGUUACGUCUCCAUAAGACAAGGAGUGAGCCUGGCUGCCAAUCAGGAGGAUGAGACGGACAUGGAGACGUUUCAGAUGGAGAUUGAUAAGGAAACCAAGAAGUGCACGUUUCGCAGCAGCCAAGGAAACUACUGGGCUCUGGUGGCUCAUGGAGGCAUCCAGAGUACUGCCACGGACACAUCAGCAAACACUAUGUUUUCAGUGGAGUGGCUUGACCACAAGGUGGCGCUAAAAGCAAACAAUGGCAAAUACGUCUGCACCAAAAAGAAUGGCCAGCUCCUUGCAACCAGUGACAGCAUAGGUAAGGACGAGCAGCUCACAUUAAAACUAAUUAACCGCCCGAUGCUGAUCCUGAGAGGGGAGAAUGGCUUCAUCUGCCACCACAAGAACUCCAACACGCUGGAUGCCAGCAGAUCGGUCUAUGACAUUUUCACUCUGCAAUUCAGCAACGGGGCGUACAGCAUUCAAGGUGUGGACGGCCGCUUCUGGUAUGUGAACAGCGGCGGGCUGGUGUGUUCGGACGGCGAGGCCCCGGAGGACUUCUCUUUGGAGCUGCUGGAGCAUGGCCGCCUUGCUAUUCGAGGCAAAAACGGCAAAUACUUGCACGGGGAUCAGGGAGGCACGCUCAAAGGAGACGGACUCAGCCCAAGCAGCUCGGCCCUCUGGGAGUAUUAAUACAAAUCAGCACAACUUCAACCCUCCUCCACUAAUCACCACUCUACCAUUAAUGAGUUAUCAGUUUUAUGGCAUUAUUCCCUCAUUUCCCUUUCUGCUGCAAAACAGGACCCAGAUGUGAGAUGCAAAAGAGAAAAUAACUAAUGGUUUCAGUCUAUUUGAUCGACAGAAGUCUCCACGUUGUGAACAGUAUUUUGAGUUAGAAUCUCAAACCUUGAGGUUAGUCUUGCCGAACAUGGAAAUUUUGUGUUAUUCCUUUCGAUUUUUUUUCUCAACAGACAUCUGGUGCGCGCAUGAGAUGAUGUCUGUCACUAAAGAAAUAAAU